AUGGGCCAACUGCUGUCGACAUCGGUCACUUCUGGCCAAGGUGGUUGGACGAUGCCUGGAACUUAUGACUUUGAGAAUGAAGAUCACUCUAUGUUCAAGCAUGCCCGCCAUGUCAACAUCGAUGGCGGUAUCUUCAUUACUGGGGAUGUCAUUGUCCAAAUUGACGAAUAUAAAUCCUCCAACUCUUUGGAGAAACGACGCGAACUGGUGGCACAGUUGCGCCAUUGGCUAGCGGACAACGUCAACUUUAGGGCAAUUCAUACCGAUGUUCGUAGACGCAGGACUUCUGGGACAGGACAAUGGCUCCUUGAAAGUCGACUGUAUCGGGAGUGGAAGAAAAGCAAGGGCGGCGUCAUCUGGUGGAUGGGUAUGCCGGGCGCUGGAAAGACUGUAAUGGCAUCGACGAUCAUCGACGAUCUGCUCCCCCUCGAGAACGACUCAGAGCGGACUUGCGUCCUCUUUGUCUACAGCCGCUACACCGAGCCUCUAGCCGUGACCGACAUUUUAAAGGCACUCAUCAAGCAAUGCAUCGAGCGCAAUCAUGACCUCGCUGCCCUCGUCAAGCCAGUCUACGACAAGCAUAAGCUGGAAGAGACUGAGCCAUCUGCCGACGAACUUGUCGAGUUGCUCCGGAAACUCGAGAGUUACUUUGGUCGAGUUUACUAUGUCAUCGACGGUGUCGACGAGGCGCAUCUCGAUGUCCGAUUUGACCUUAUCCAAGUCAUCAACAACUUGCAAGGCAACAUAAUGUUGACGUCUCGGCCACUGGAUGAUCUGGGCAAAGACCUCAAUUAUGCGGUGUUCUGCAAAUUGGCUGCUCAGAAUGAUGACCUUAAGUUGCAUAUGGAAGAAAAGCUUCGGCGGCACAAGCACCUUCAUCGGGUCUUGAGCCUGAAUAACUCCCAAGAAGAGGUUCUGCACCAGAUCAUUGAGAAAGCUGAAGGAAUGUUCCUCCAUGCUUCUCUGCAGCUGGACGCCAUCCAACACUGCCGGUCCCUGGAGUGCGUGAAAAAGAAACUGGCAGAAUUCCCAACUGGCCUACAUGGGGUGUACGCGGCCACUAUGCAGAGAAUAGAGGAACAAGAUCCUGAGUCACGAGACCUGGCCAAGUGGGUCUUACUUUGGCUCACUUAUGCUCGAGGUCCCCUUUCCAUGCAAGACUUGAGGUACGCGCUUGCCACGAGAGACACGGGCGCCUAUGAGCAUGAACGGAUGCCAGAUGAAGCCUCGGUCAUCUCGGUGUGCUGUGGGUUGGUCGAAGAACACUGGGCGAGUAACACAAUCCGCCUUAUUCACUAUACGGCCAUAGACGCCAUCGCUCCCCUUCUUCUUAAGGACUUUCCACAUCCGCACGUUCCCAUCGCCAAGACUCUCUUCCAACGAAUUACUUCCACCGCCACCGUUCCCACCUAUGCGAUCCUUAUGCCAUUCAAGUGGGAUGAACAACCCCUCCUUUUCUAUGCGCAUAAACAUCUUGGAGUCCACGUUCACCAAUGCCCUCAGUCCGAAAUUACGGACGCUAUCGACCACUUCCUGUCAAGCUUUACCCACAUUCCCUUCCGUUGGGGUUGGAAUAGAGACCUGGAUUGGCUGGGACCCCCCCAUGUUGCUGCCUACUACGGCUUUUGGCCCCACUUCCAGGCCCUCAGAGAGCGUGGGUGGGACCUAAACCUGAAGACCACAAAGAAGAGGAAUACACCGUUGCAUUUCGCGGCGAUCCUUGGUGAGCGACGUGGGGUAGAGGCCUUGCUUCAAUGCUGUGUCGAUAUCAACGUCAAGUGUGCGGAUGGAUGGACCCCGUUAAUGCACGGGGCAGGCAACGGACACAAGGAUGUCGUCGAGCUCCUCCUCGUCCCUGGGGUUGCGGUUAAUACCAUAGGCGCUGGUGGAACGGCCCUGGAGCUCGCCUCGUUGAAGGGCCACGAGGGUGUGGUGGACAGGCUCCUCCAGUUCCCAGGAAUAUUGGUGGAUGCAACAGGUUCGGGCUACGAAAGAAUCGCUCAUGAUCCAGGGAGCGUCGGCGAUAUAUAUGUAAAAUAUAGAGCCGAAGCCUCGAGAAUCUUGGCUGCGAGAGCUGGACUCAAGGCCAAUUUCCCUCAAGCGCCUAAAGUCGAUACAGAGGAGAGUCAAGGGCAAACAGCACUCAUGGCUGCGUCAAGCAGAGGUCACGUUGGUGUUGUCAACAGGCUUCUGCAGGUGCCAGGGAUCAGCGAUUAUGCGUCUUGCGCAUUGCUUUUGGCCUUGGAUGGUGGGCACGAGGGCGCCGUGGGGAGACUACUACAGGUACCAGGAAUCGACGUCAACUGCACUACCCGUGACGGGAUCACCGCGCUGACGAUAGCCUCAAUCAUCGGGAACGAACGCAACGUGGAAAUGCUACUCCAGUGUCAGGGAAUCAAUGUCAACGCCAGAAGUCCGGAUGGAUCAACUGCACUUAUGCUGGCCUCAAGAUUCGGACGAGAGGGGGUGGUCUCCAGACUUCUCCAGGUUCCCGGAGUAGAUGUAAAUGCAGCCCAGAGCGAAGGAUGGACGGCACUCAUGUUAGCCUCAUACCACGGCCACGAGGACAUCGUCUCCAGACUCCUCCGAGUCCCCACAAUCGAGGUGAAUUCGACCAAAAACGACGAGUUGGGGCUACCCAAGCCCGAAUCCAAACCCAAGAUAAAUCGUUACCGCUAUCCAGCCCGCUUUGCUCCAAAGUUGAAUGGAUGGACGCCGCUGAUUCUGGCCUCAGAGAGAGGUCACGAAGGCGUCGUUUCCGCAAUCCUUCAACACCCACGAGUCAAGGUCAACGCAACCCGGAAGGACGGAUGGACUGCGCUCAUGGUAGCGUCGGACAGUGGCCACAGUGGGAUUGUUUCCAGGCUGCUCCAAGCUCCUGGAGUCGACUUCAACGCCAGAAAUACGGAAGACGGAUCCACUGCGCUGAUGUUAGCUUUGCAAAAUAACCGCUGUGGCGUCGUUAUCGACCGACUCCUCCAGGUUCCGGAAUUGGAUGUCAAUGCAGCGCGGAAUGACGGAUGGACUGCCCUCAUGAUAGCGUCAAAAAGGGGCCAUUGGAAUGUCGUCGUCAAACUCCUCCAGGUUCCAGGGAUCGAUGUAAACGCAGUGAGCAAGGCAGCCGGGAUUACGGCGCUAGAUCUGGCAUGCAUCGAGGACCGUACAGACAUCGUUUGCGCACUCCUGGAGUUCCCAGGAAUCGCAGUCAACGCACCAGACCAUGGUGGAUGGACAGCGCUUAUGCUGGCUUCAUUACAUGGCCACGAUCACACAGUUGCCAAACUCCUCCAGUUCCCGGGAAUCGAUGUCAAUGCGGUACAACAAGAUGGAUGGACGGCACUCAUGGCAGCCUCGAUUAACGGCCACGAAGGUGUUGUCACCGCACUUCUUCGAGCCCCUGGAAUCCAGGUCGACAUAGCGUGCACAGGCGGUUGGACAGCACUCAUGAUGGCGUCAAACAGCGGCUACACAGGCGUUGUCGACAGGCUGCUUCAGAUUCCUGGAAUCAAUGUUGGCGCUGCGAACAGCGCCGGGUUGAAUGCGCUCAUGGCAGCCUCAAUCAAUGGGUUUGAGAGUGUCGUCUCCAGACUCCUCGAGGACCCAGGACUAGACGUUAAUGCCGCCAAAAAUGAUGGAUUCACUGCAUUGAUGCUCGCGUCGAACAACGGGCAUGAAAAAACUGUAGCCAGGCUCAUCCAGGUCCCCGGAAUCCAGGUCAACAAUGCGGAAGGUGGAUGGGGACCGCUCAUGCUAGCCGCAAGUCACGGCCACGCAGAUAUCGUUGCUCGACUGCUCAACUUCCCUGGCAUCCAAGUCCAUCCAAGCCAUCUCAACGGAUGCCAAUGGUCGGCCCUCAUGCUAGCAUCAGUCAAUGGCCACGAAGACACUGUAGCAAGGCUUCUCCAAUUCCCCGGCAUGCAGGUCAAUGCGACCAACGACGGAUGGACCGCACUCAUGCUAGCCUCCUGGCACGGCCACGAGGGUAUCGUUGCCCGACUCUUGCAGGAUCCUGCAAUCGAGGUCAAUAUGGCCUGCCAGUCGGGUCAGACGGCGUUGAUGUUAGCGGCGCGUAAUGGCCAUAUAGGCGCUCUCAAACAGCUUUUGCUCCACCCCAAACUCGACCCUCACCUCCGCGACCGACACAACUUCACUGCGCUGCACUGGGCCGCAGAGAGUGGACACCACGAUACCGUCCGCGAGUUAGUUGAAUGCGAUGGGGUGGAUGUUAAUGCCGUUGAUGACGACGGAGAGACGGCGUUGAUUAUGGCUUCGCGUGGAGGGCACACGUUGGUUGUGGAGGCGCUGUUGAAGGUGAACGGCCUUGAUGUUGACGCCAAGGCCAACAAUGGAUUCACGGCUGCCGCUUGGCUGUCAUGGAACCGCACAGGACUGGGUGGCAAGUGGUGGUGA